UAUAAUUUGUUGUGAAGUGUCGAUUUAUUGUAUAAUAUCGAUUGCGAUUUAUUGAUGUUUUUUGGUUUAAUUUUUCGUAAUAUUCUCCAUGACUAUGGUCUUGUGCAGUUUGAACGUAUAUGGACAGAGUUGCUGCGAAAUUGCUGAAUUACUACCUAUGUCAAUUCAGUUUAACGUCGUGAUAAUCGGGUUGUUGUUAUAGCAGCCCGUGAAAUCAUAUUGUCCUGAAAACAGAUUAUUUAUGUUAUGCCUUCUGAUGUUUCACUCUGUGUUAUUCGAAUAGAGUCGUGUGAAAAAGAUGACAAGCCCCGUGAAGAGGGACGGGGUAAAAAGGUGAACAGGACUUUGGCCGUAUUCAGAGGUAAGAGAAGGAAAUGUGAUAUUUCCGUCGAGACACUCCAUCUGAGAGAAAUGUCCGAGACUUCUGAGAAGGUCGACGGUAAGGACGUGAUACCGUUCGUCUCCGGUAAUCCUUUCGUCGAGAAGACGACCGGUAUAAUACACUUGUUCAAGGAAGACGACUUGACAGGAAUCGACAGAGCGGCCAAUCGCAGUCAGACUGUGUGCAUACUUGCGGUUCCGACUACGAUGACCUGCACCGAUUUACUAUGCUUCAUGGCGCCUUGUCGAGAGGAUAUCAAGCACGUGAGGAUAAUCAAAGACGGCUCGCCGAACCAGUACAUGGCGUUGAUAACAUUCCGUACACCCGAGUCUGUUGCGGAGUUUUACAAAAAUUUUAACGGGAUACCUUUUAGUAUGAUGCAGCCGGAAUGGUGCUGUCACUUGGUGUUUGUGUCGAAAGUCGAAACCCUGCAGGAAGAGGAUGGGGCCAGCGUCGCACCGGUCAACCACACUGAAUUGCCUACUUGCCCCGUCUGCCUCGAGAGGAUGGACGAGUCUGUCGAUGGAAUUCUCACGAUUAUGUGCAAUCACGCUUUUCACGGACAGUGCCUUUCCAAGUGGGGCGACACCACCUGCCCGGUCUGCCGGUACAUUCAAACUCCCGAGCCAGAUGAAGACAGCUUCUGUUUAGAGUGCAAAGCGACCGAGUCGCUCUGGAUAUGCUUGAUCUGCGGACACGUCGGCUGUGGCAGAUACGUCCAAGGACACGCUCACCAACACUACACAGAAACGCAUCAUUGUUAUUCUAUGCAACUCGGGAGCAAUAGCGUCUGGGAUUAUGUCGGAGACAACUUCGUACACAGGAUUCUACAGAAUAAAGCAGACGGAAAACUCGUAGAAGGGCAGGAUCCUGAAAAGUCUGCCCAAAACGAGGCAAAAUUAGAAGCGAUUCAGCUCGAAUAUACCUACCUCCUUACUUCACAAUUAGAAUCACAGAGGGCUUAUUAUGAACAGUUGAUCUCAAUUCUUGAAAGAGAAACCAUAAGUGAGAUAACGGAUUUAAGAGAAAAGUACGAUGCGGUUUUAAAGGAUCAAAAUGAACUAAAGGAAAGGUUAAAUACACUCAUAAAAGAGAAAAACGCAAUAGAAAAAAAACUUCAAGCUACCACGGCCAAACUGGUCACUACAGCCAAAAAGCUCGAGGAAGAAAAAGAGAUGAAUGCAUCCAUGAGGGAAAACCAAGGCGUAUGGCAGGAGAAGUGCAAAGACCUCCAGAGGGAUUUAAUCAAGCAAAAAAUCGAGAAGGAAGAGGAGAUCAGAGAUCUACGCGAACAGCUGAGAGACCUUAUGUUCUUCCUAGAAGCGCAGAAGACAGUUGAUAGCAGCCCUCACAAAGACGAAAUGAAAGAAGGCAAAAUAGAAGUCGGCCCUUCUCCAGGACCGAGUCCAAGCACGUCGAAAAAACCGAGUAAAGGAAGAAAGUCACACUGAUAUUAGAAGACUGAAUUCACGCCUCACUGCUGUCGCUUUCAUUUUUAUCAAGAAACAUUUUUUUGAGUAAACUUGUUGGGUAUUUAUUAAAGAUUUUUUAUCACAUUA